AUGAAUGAUCCGAUGGACUCGCUCUCCAAUGAGGAAUUCGAAAUUAUCGAUACGGAAGACGGUGAGCUUAUGUUUUAAGUUUCGAAUUUGCAUUCGAACGCACGAAUUUCUGUUCAAUUUUAACUUUCCAAUAAUUUAUUCAAUCGAUUAAUCCCACCUUUUUUCAAAGUAUCAAUUUGCAUCAUUAUUUCGCAAUUUCGCAAUCUCGCCACUUUCAGCUGAAACAGAAGACCGAGAGGAUCAAUGCUGGAGCAUCCAACAAAGCAUCAAGAUAGAGCCGGUAUCCAUCCAGAUUGCCAGUCUUCCAUCUGCUCGCUCUUUGUCUCCGGACGGAUUGAAAGCCCCGGAAUCUUUGAUCGAGAAAGUGGCAACGCCGUUGGCAACUCUCAUCGAGUCUCCGCUUCUGACCGAGACUCUGAAAGAGAACACGCCAAUGUCCACUCCGCUCGCAUCUCUUAUCAAUCCACUCACUCGUGGAGAACCCACUCUUCAGAAUAUGUCCAUCGUCACCGAAACCAUGUGCUCUGGUAAGCCACGUUUUUACAUUAGGUUUGUUUUACUCUAGUUUUUCACAGCUUCAGCGUCAUUGGUCAACGUGGCAGAUGUUGAAUCGACAGAGGCGGCUCUCAGAACUUCCCUUCUGUUAGUCGGAGAACUGAAAACUCAAUUGAACGCACAAGCAUCGAAAAUUGCCGAACUGGAGCAGAACGACGCCAUCAACAAGGAAAUCUGUAAGCUGGAAGCCUUGACACUCUUGAAAGAAAAAUCUGAUUUGGAGAAUGAUGUGAGUUUUACCUUUAUAAUUUCGUUUAAAUUUGAUUGGUUCAGUCUGCAUCAGAGAAACUCAAGUUGAAUGAGAAGAUCAAAAACUUGAAAAACGAGAUCGAGCUCAAAGUGAAGGAGUCGGUCGCUAGUGCAGAAAGAGUCAUUACCGAGAAAGACUCGGCGAUCGAGCAGCUCAAAGUGCAGUUGGCUCAGAGUCAGCAGGUGGCUGAACUGUGGAAACAGAGUUCUGAGAAGAAUAGCAUUGUAUCGUACAGUGACUCGAAGACGGCCGUCGAUAGACUUCUGGAGGAGAACUCGAAACUGAGAGAGCAGAUUGACCUGGAACUGGCCCGUCGUCUCGAGGAGUCCGAUUACCGUGCGAUGGCUGAAGCGCAGUUGAACGAAGCGAGAGGAGGCCGCGCAUUCGACCCUCCGGCCUCUUUGAUUGCUCGUCAGUUGGCCGAUAAAACCGAUUAUUCGGUCAGACUUGAAGAAGAGGUUUGCAUAUACUUUUAUGUUUGAUACUUGCAAAUAUAAGUUUAAGAUUGUGAAGUUGCGAAAGGAACUGGAAGCUGCUCGCGAAGAUCUGAAAAAGGCGAAGGAAGAAUCGAGCAACAAGGACCAAAUAGUCACAACCUUGCAUGAGGUGUGUUCUUUUGCUACCGUUUUGUGGGACCUCUUUGUAUAAAAAAAACCAGCUUCAGGAUCAGCAGGAGAGCACCAGAAUGCUCGUUUCGAACGAGCAGGUCAUCAGCAAUCUCAAGCAGAAAUGCCGUCAGCUCGGUAUUUUCGAUGACUUCUCCUGUUCUGGUAAACAUGUGAAUGAGUUCAAUUAAAUCGCAUUUCAUUUGCCAGGUCCCUAA